GCUAACUGGCUACUGACUAGUGGUAAAGCCAGAAACAUCGGCGAGAAAAUUAAAAGCACCACAUUUUAAUAAUGAUUCUAUCCGGGUAAACGGUUCGGGUCAAAUGUUAAUACCAUAUUGAUCCGUGACACUGACAGAGCGAGCGGUGGAUCCAACGAAGCCCGUGGACGCUCCCUGGUCUGGUGGCAAUAGAUGCUCACAAUAAAUGUCGACGGUAUAAACGGACACGUUUCCGUGUAUCGAGCACUACAAAACGCAGACACUACUGCUCAGAUUCAGAUAAGGCCCCACCGGUCAACAACACUCGACAGACCCAUUACUAUUCGCCACGUGGACAAAACUAUCCACCUCAUCAAUCUCAACCAUCGAUUCCCUAUUUCGCUCAGAAUCCGACCAUCUGUACGGCUUGCCAGUUUUCGAAACCAUCGACGCGUAUGGUACUUGCACCUAUCAUCAAAUUUCCCCCAUUGUAGACAGAAGACGCGUCUUUCCAGCCUGGCUUGCCACAUUUUAUUCCUCCUCGCUCUACCCGCUGGGGACCACAACACAAACUCCCAAACUCUAAAUUCUAAUUCCUUUCAUCUCCUCCUUAUCUCUCCUCUCUCCCCUUGCAAUAUCACACCACACCACUAGGUCUACCGCCUACACCCACCACCACCCCCCGCGAUGUCGCCGGGAUUCCGACUCUUUCUCCCUUUUAUCACUUUGCUUCUACUCUCCACCACCCUAAGCGCCACCAAGCCUCCGCCGCUGGCGGUGGCCACCAGCACAACCGGAAGCCUCCCCAGAUUCAGAGAAGCCCCGGCCUUCAGGAACGGCAUUGAAUGCCCCAAGGCAGUAUGGUCUCCCCUGGACCGACGCGCGCACAACCCGUCUAUCAUCCACAUAGCGAUGACCCUCGACACUACUUACCUCCGUGGAUCGGUCGCAGGCGUCCUCUCCGUCCUCCAGCACGCCUCUUGCCCUGAAAAUAUCGUCUUUCACUUCCUCGCCUCCCACCGCCGAGCAGAGCUGCGACGAACCAUUCUCACUACCUUCCCUUACCUCAACUUCCACCUAUACCAUUUCGACACCAACCUCGUCAAGGGCAAGAUUUCGUCUUCCAUUCGUCGAGCACUGGAUCAGCCCCUCAACUACGCCAGAAUCUACUUGGCCGAUCUGCUUCCUUCCGGAGUCCGUCGGAUUAUCUACUUCGAUUCUGAUCUCAUUGUGGUCGACGACGUGGCUAAGUUAUGGCAAAUCGAUCUGGGUAGCCACGUUCUUGGUGCACCUGAGUACUGCCAUGCCAACUUCACCAAUUACUUUACCGACAAGUUCUGGUCCGGCCCAUUUUUCUCCCAAACGUUUCAAGGUCGGGUUCCCUGUUACUUCAAUACCGGCGUGAUGGUUAUCGAUGUCUGGAAAUGGAGGGAAGGAAAAUACACAGAGAAGCUAGAGUCGUGGAUGAGAAUACAGAAGCGACACCGUAUAUACGAAUUGGGCUCGCUGCCUCCAUUUUUGUUGGUUUUUGCCGGAGACGUGAGAGGGGUCGAGCACAGAUGGAACCAGCACGGGCUUGGUGGGGAUAAUCUGGAAGGUCUAUGCAGGGAUCUACAUCCCGGACCGGUGAGUCUACUGCACUGGAGUGGCAAGGGGAAGCCAUGGCUGAGAUUGGACUCGAAGCGGCCGUGUCCGUUGGAUAGCUUGUGGGCACCGUACGAUUUGUUCCGGCACGAGCCACUGUUUUCUGACAGCUAAUCAAUCACUGUAAAGAGUAAAGCGUUGUCGUUCACGGUCGGCAUUCAUGAUCAUUCAUGGCGGGACUCCUCUCUGUGAAUACGGGAGGCGGAGCGGGUCAGAGAACAAAACGAAACGGCGUUGCUCAAGAAGGGAGAAAAGUAAAAAAGAGAGACGCGGUAAUGACGUAUGCAAGCGGAGGAUCUACUUGGACUUUGUCAUCAACGGUCCAGAUUUAACAGGGAUAAAGAUGAGCGAUGAUGACGAUGAUUUGUGUAAAUUCUAUUUUGGGCGACGAUUGAACUUAGGAAAUGAAGAUUUUUUAGUGAAAGAACUCAAGAAAGUUUCAUUUUCUAAAUUCCAAGUGUGUAUAUUAUUUUGGAAUAUUCUUAAUUUAUUUGUUAUUGUUUUUGGCAGUGUUUGGUUGCUUGCUUGGAAGUUGCCUGAUUAGGGUGUGUUUGGAUUCAGUGCUUGCUUUGCUCCUACGAUACUAGUUUGAUUUUGAUGGGGUCAAUUCAAUUGUAUGGAGAUAUUUUUGGUUCA